AUGCGACCAAGCUAACUUGUCAUAAUUUGACUUACUUGUUUUGAAAUGUUUGUGUACCUUUUGAAUGAGUAAAAUAAAACACUUUUACCUUCAAUAAUGGCCUCACCUAUCCCAGAUCAAAUCGAGAUUCAAAGCUUUUCGGACAAUUCAAAUUCGUCGGUUGAAAACAUGGAAAUUGAAACUCUGGAUGAAUUCACUGGAGAAUUAGAGCUACAAAGUAGUGUUAUAACCACUGAAGAAUCUCAAGAAGCUGAAGACACCGAGCCGGAGGAUGAAAUGAUGCCAAUUGAAGAGCUCGAGACGCAGCAAAUUGACAUGCACUCUGAAGAUCAAGCCAGAGUGGUUGAGCAAGUAAAUGAGAAGAAGAGUAAAUCAUCUAGCAGCGUGCCGCCCUUGAGACUUUUAAAUAUAGCACCCAAACCAGAACAAGUGCCAAUUACUGUCAAAUCGGUUGGAGGACAACCUUUAAUUUUAGUUCCAGGUUCCACAGGUGCCCAGACUAUAAAAUUAGUUAAUCCUCAAGGACAGGAAAUCAACUGGGCAAAUUACUCAAUAAGUCGCCCUAUCACGAUUAAGCAAACAGGAAAAGCCAUUAGUACAAAACCUGUUGUACCGCAAAGUCAACCCAAGCAGAUAUUUAUGAAAAAAAUUAUAACUUCGAAUCCGGGGCAAAAAACUAUUACGAAACCGAUAAGUUUUAAUAAAUCGGGUCAACAAUUUAUGGUGGUACAGAAGAGUUCUGAUCAGCCACAGCAAAUAAAAUUGGUGCAAUCAGCAAAUGUUACUGGCAUAUCUCCUACGCCUCCGGUCCAAAGCAAGACGAUCACCUUGCAGCAGGCUCAUGAUAUGGGGCUUUUAGGAAACGCAAAAAUUAUUCAAGGAGGAAUACAACCAAUAACCAAAAGGACGGUUUUGAUGAAUAAAAGCCAACCGAAAACCAUCAAAUUAGUGCCACACAGCGCUGCUUCCCAAAUACUUGGUACCACAAAUAGCGUGAAAACCAUUUCGUUAGGACAGAUCAAAUCGCCCACUAAAAUAUCUCCUGGCAAUGUAACUAAUGUGGCCGGUACGAAAGGAGCACAACGAAUAAUUUUCAAAAACGCCGGUGGAAAUCAGCUUUUACCAGCGGGACAGUUAAUUCAUAUGACUGGGACCCAAGGCAUCACCAAUGGGCAGAUUCAUCAGAUUAAUGUGCCAGGAAAAGGGGUUCAAUAUAUAAAAUUUGUUACCACUACAUCGGUGGAAAGCAGCAGUUCUACAGUUACACUAGUUAACACAAUAAAAUCAACUGCAAGUACUUCCGCAGCAGGCCCAGAACUGCAAGACGUGAAGCCAGUCAUCACCAGUAAAUUUAUUACUAAACCAUCCACUGGAAAUCUGAAGCCGGCACAAGUAAUGAUUGUUCCCGCAGGCUAUAUUCCUACGAACAUGCAACAGAUGCAAAAGGUAGCAAUUGGCCCUAAACAACCUGUUUUACACCCGAAGCAAGAGGCGGCUCACAGUGUUGUCGUGCCAAGGACACUUGUUGCAGUAGAUAAGACCAUAUCACCAAAAUCAACCUCCUCAAGUUCACCAACAGCUGCGACUACAACAGUUUCCACUACCGAAAGCUCUUCAAAUACAACAAAUGGUAUUCGACCUCGUAAACCCUGCAAUUGCACACGGUCAAAAUGUUUAAAACUUUACUGCGACUGUUUCGCUAAUGGGGAAUUUUGCUAUCUAUGCAACUGCAUGUGUUGCUAUAAUAAUCUGGAGCAUGAAGACACUCGAAACUUGGCAAUAAAAGCUUGCUUGGAACGAAAUCCCAACGCGUUCAGGCCAAAAAUAGGAAAAGCUCGAGACACCACCGGGGACGUUUUGCGGAAGCAUACAAAAGGAUGCAAUUGCAAAAGAUCAGGCUGCCUUAAAAACUAUUGCGAAUGUUACGAGGCAAAAAUUGCUUGUUCGAGUAACUGCAAAUGUUAUGGAUGCAGAAACGUAGAAGAUUUUGAGGAAAAAGUACAUAUUGAUUCUACUUCAAGUACCCACAGGAUCAAUGAGGACGAUUUAGCCCAAACACGUUAUCGGAAAAUCUUACCGAGUUUUAAAGAGAACCAUUCUUCGGGUGCCGGAUUUGGCCGAUCUAGAAAAUCAAAUCUAUUAAGAAAACAACCCGUUAGUUAUCUAACAGACCCCGUUAUUGAAGCUGCUUGCCAAUGCCUACUGACCACAUCGGAUAAUGCUGAUUCAAAUUUGCAAGAUGAAGAACUGACAAUGCGGGAGAUUAUUGAAGAAUUUGGUGGUUGUCUGAGCGAAAUCAUACAUUGCUCUAUUAAUCGCAACACAAGUUAGAGUGCAAAUCUGCUUUGUGGAUCACAACUUUUUCACUGUGAUCCUAUUUUAAGUGUACAUUGUAUAUUUUAUUGAAUAAGUAAAUUGGUUUUUAUAGUUUAAAAUUAUUGUUGUAGGUAAAACCAUCUAGAUGUAGGAUUUUCCUCGCGUUUGAACUGAAAAUAUCAAGGAAUGCCGAGUUCAUUAAAAAAUGUAUGUUAUAAACUUGGCAAUUUAUAAGAUUGUACGUUUUCUAAAGUAAAUUAUUUUUAAUACAUGGAAAAGUCGUGUGUAUAUAUAUAAUACGUGAAUGAAUAUUUGAGUGAGUGAAUUAUGUAUAUUUAUAGGUGUAUAUGCCAAUAGGUUUCAGUUCACUGCAAAUAACUUAUUGUUAGUUUACGAUACAAUUAGAAAUCGGGAUUAAGUAGCAGAUAUUACGAAUAGUUAAGUUACAGUUGCUGUAUGAGAAAAAUUAACCGCUUGUUAAUAUUGGAUCAUUUUAUUUAUAUGCUAUUAUUAAACGUAUAUAAUUAUAAA